AUGUACAAAUCGUGUGAUCCCAGCUUAACUACGGAGCACUACCCGGUGCCCUUGUCAACGCCGAUACAGCAAUUUGCAAUAGGAAACGUGGCUACCUCCGCAACUGGCAUACCGUAUAAUCAACCAAAAGCUUUCCCAUCGGUGCCGCAUGCAGGUGCACGAAAUUCUCAAGGUAUUAAGAUGGUCAAAAGUAAAUUGUUUUUGCCAUCCAUGGUGCCCGAAAUCAUAAAAACUCUUAGAAUGUGUUUUGGGAGAUCUGAACACAUCCUUGAACGCGCCAUGGAUAAAGCUCGUGCUAUGCCAGCGCUCAAGGAUAAAUUGGAAGGUCUUAUUGAGUUUGCACUCUGCGUCAGGAACAUUUGCGCCACGGUGGAAGGAUGCCAAAUGCACAUCCACCUGCAUAAUCCGCGGCUUGUUAAGGAGUUGGUUGACAAGCUCCCCAAUGGCAAGAAGUUGAACUGGGCAGUUCACCCGACAGACGAUAAGAUUCCGGUAGUGAAACAGUUCAGCGACUGGUUGUACAAUCUAGCCGAAGCAGCCAGUACUGUGGUCUCGUUGGCACCGUCCAAAAGUAAUGCUACGGUUAACACGCACACCAUCGACGCAAACACUCAGCAUCCGCCAGCAACUCCAAUGGGCAGGCAGUUUAUAAUUUGCAAAGGCUCCGAUCACAAGGUAAUGCAAUGCGACGUUUUUAAAAAUAUGACUCUCCAGCGAAAAUGGGAGGAGGUAAAGACAAACAACCUCUGCCGCCAAUGCUUCAAUCCACAUAAGCGCAAAUGUUUUCUGAACAAGGUGUGUGGUGUAGAUGGCUGCACGGUAAAACACCAUCAGUUACUGCUCAAAACAACCGCAGUAACGAAUCAAAAGAAACCCAACACCGUAAGUACAAAUGCAAACAAGCUUUCAGAUACGCACAGUAGCGGUCACGAAGGAUUGCAAUCACUCUUCAGAAUCGUUCCUAUUCGCAUUUAUUCAAACAAUAAAUUACUGGAAAUAUUUGCAUUUUUAGAUGAAGUCUCUUCUGUGACGCUAAUAGAAAAGAGAAUCCUCGAUGAACUUGGCUUGGAAGGUGAACGAGACCCUCUUUGUUUGCGGUGGACAGGCAACACAACGCGGAUUGAAGAAAAUUCUGUCAGGGCUGCCAUCGAAAUUUCGAGUGCGACAAGUGGCCAGAAGUAUAUUUUGAAAAAUAUUCAUACUGUCGAUGAUCUCGAUCUCCCAGCGCAGUCAAUCAACGCAUCCGAGAUGGAGCGCCUAUAUCCAUAUUUAGCGGGAUUGCCGAUUGCGUCGUACGAAAACGUGAAGCCAUCAUUGUUGAUCGGUGCGGACAAUUGGAGGUUGGCAUUUCCUCUCAAAAUUAGAGAGGGAACCUGGUUCCAGCCCAUAGCGUCAAAGACUCGUUUAGGUUGGACGUUACAAGGGUGUGAUUCGAGACAAACUGGCGA